AUGGCGUCGUACCUUGAAAACACCUACAGUGUUGUCCACCUGGACAACACGGCCGACCAGCCUACCCUCCAGGAGCUGCGUCUGCAGCUGGAGAAGGGCAAUGAUGAAACCAAGAUGGAGACGAUGCGCACAAUUGUGUCAAUCAUGCUGAACGGCAACCCCAUGCCUGACCUGCUAAUGCAUAUCAUCCGAUUUGUUAUGCCUUCAAAAAGCAAGCCUCUGAAGAAAUUGCUCUAUUUCUACUAUGAGAUCUGUCCCAAGCACGACUCGAGCGGCCGCUUGAAGCAGGAGAUGAUCUUGGUCUGUAACGGUAUUCGCAACGACUUGCAACACCCCAACGAGUACAUUCGUGGAAACACCCUUCGAUUCCUGACCAAGCUGCGCGAACCCGAACUCCUUGAGCCCCUCCUUUCUUCAGCCCGUUCCUGUCUGGAGCACCGCCAUGCUUAUGUGCGCAAGAACGCCGCAUGGGCUGUUGCUUCUAUUUUCCAGCACUCCGAGUCCCUCAUUCCCGAUGCCCCUGAGCUUCUCCAGACUUUCCUCGAGUCAGAAACUGACAGCACCUGCAAGCGCAAUGCCUUCGCCGCUCUCAUGUCCAUCAGCCACCAGAAGGCUCUUGAGUUUCUUGCAACAACUUUUGACACCAUUCCAAACACCGAUGAAUUGCUCCAGUUGGCCGAGUUGGAGUUCUUGCGAAAGGAUGCGGUCCAGAAUUCGCAGAACAAGUCACGGUAUCUCAAACUUAUGCUGGAACUCCUCGAUGCGUCCACUAGCACUGUUGUCUACGAGGCAGCGACUUCGUUGACUGCCCUAACCAGUAACCCAGUUGCUGUGAAGGCUGCCGCUGGCAAAUUGAUCGAGCUUGCCAUUCGUGAGGCUGAUAACAACGUUAAGCUCAUUGUUCUGGAUCGCGUUGAUCAGCUCCGUAUCCGUAAUGAGGGCGUUUUGGAUGACCUCACCAUGGAGAUUCUACGAGUCCUCUCUAGCCCCGACAUUGACGUUCGGAGAAAGGCUCUUGGCAUUGCUUUGGAGAUGGUCUCGAGCAAGAAUGUCGAAGAAAUUGUCAUGCUUCUUAAGAAAGAGCUUGGCAAGACUGUGGAUGAGCAGUAUGAACAGAACAGCGAAUACCGCCAACUCUUGGUGCAAUCAAUACAUACUUGUGCCAUUAAAUUUUCAGAGAUUGCAGCCAGCGUGGUCGACCUGCUGAUGGACUUCAUUGCUGACUUCAACAACAACUCUGCCGUGGAUGUUAUCUCAUUCGUCAAGGAAGUCGUUGAGAAGUUCCCAGAUCUGCGUGGAGCUAUUGUGGAUCGGUUGGUCUCGACCCUUAGCGAAGUUCGCGCGGGUAAGGUCUACCGUGGUGUGCUUUGGGUGGUCGGAGAGUACUCUCUGGAAGAGAAGGAUAUCCGUGAGGCCUGGAAAAAGAUUCGUGCUAGUCUUGGUGAGAUCCCUAUCCUAGCUUCCGAGCAACGCUUGCUCGAAGAGACUCCUACCGAUGAGGCUCUUCUCCAGGAGCAAGCCAAUGGUCACAAGUCUGCCCCCAGCGGUUCUCGCAAGGUCCUGGCAGAUGGCACCUACGCUACAGAGAGCGCUCUGACCAGCCAGUCGGCGGCUGCUGCUCGGCUUGAAGCUGUUAAGGCUGCUCAGAAGCCACCCCUCCGCCAGCUUAUUCUUGAUGGCGACUAUUAUCUCUCCACCGUGCUUUCUUCCACUCUUACCAAGCUCGUCAUGCGCCACUCCGAGGUCUCGCAGGAUGCCGCCCGUACUAACGCCCUUCGCGCUGAGGCUAUGCUCAUCAUGAUUUCAAUCUUGCGUGUUGGUCAAUCCCACUUUGUCAAGGCUCCCAUCGAUGAGGACUCUGUCGACCGUAUCAUGACCUGUGUCCGUUCUUUGGCCGAGUUCUCCGAGAAGAAGGAAAUCGAAACCACCUUCCUCGAAGAUACCCGCAAGGCUUUCCGCGCUAUGGUCCAGGUUGAGGAUAAGAAAAGAGCUGCCCAGGAGGCUGAGGAGAAGGCGAAGACUGCUGUUCAAAUCGAUGAUGCCAUCCCUAUUCGCCAGUUCACCAAGAAAAACACUGUUGACGGCGCCGAAGAGAUUGAGCUUGAUCUCGUUAAGGCCACCGGUGGUGAUUCUGUUGUUGAGAAUGUCUCCUCCAAGCUCAGCCGGGUGGUCCAACUGACCGGUUUCUCCGAUUCUGUCUACGCCGAGGCUUACGUUACAGUACACCAGUUCGACAUUGUAUUGGACGUCCUGUUGGUGAACCAGACCACCGAGACCCUGCAAAAUCUGUCCGUUGAAUUUGCGACUUUGGGCGACCUCAAGGUUGUUGAGCGGCCCUCCACCCACAACCUGGGCCCUCGUGACUUCUUGAAUGUCCAGGCCACCGUCAAGGUAUCCUCCACUGAUACUGGUGUUAUCUUUGGCAACAUUAUCUACGACGGUGCCAGCUCCACUGAGACCCACGUUGUCAUCCUUAAUGAUAUCCACGCCGACAUUAUGGACUACAUCCAGCCUGCUCACUGCACAGAGACUCAAUUCCGGACUAUGUGGACCGAGUUCGAGUGGGAGAACAAGGUCAACAUCAACUCCAAGGCUAAGACCCUGCGGGAGUUCCUCAAGCAACUUAUGGAGAGCACCAACAUGUCCUGCUUGACUCCAGAGGCUUCUCUCAAGGGUGACUGCCGAUUCCUGAGUGCCAAUCUUUAUGCUCGCAGUCUAUUUACUAAUUUCGUGACAGGCGAGGAUGCGUUGGCCAACCUGAGCAUUGAAAAAGAGGGUGAUGAUGGCCCAAUUACUGGAUUUGUUCGGAUUAGAAGUCGCUCGCAAGGCCUGGCGCUGAGCUUGGGCUCCUUGAAGGGCCUUAAGGCUGCGACGGCGUAA